AUGAACGAUCCGAGAGGCACGAAAAGACUGGCAGAAUCUCAACGUGGAGGUCACGUAAACCCAGCCGUUACGGUGGGGCUAGCGGCAGCUGGCAAGAUUUCACCUAUGGAAGCCCUAUUCUACAUCCUAUCGCAAUUGGUUGGAGGUGUGAUCGGAUCGCUUUUGACAAGGAGUGUACUGUCAGGCGAUCAAUUCGUGGCUAUACAAGGCGGUGCGACGCUAUGUGCUCCUCAUACUCAGUGGUUUCAG